AUGUUACACCGGGGCCUCCUCCUCUUCGGAACGAAAGGGGCGACUAAUCUGAUCAGAUGCGCGAGAUGUGCGUGCGUGCGGAAGAACGCGAGGAUAUCGAGAAUAUCGACGACAAUAACAACUGCUUCUUCUUCUUCUUCUUCUUCUUCUUCCUCGCCGUCGGGAAAAAAGAAUCUCUCGUUGCAAACGCAGUUGGACACGAAUCGAAUAAAAAACAGGCGCGAAUGCCUCCCAAUCCCGACCGCGAUUAUCGCGGUCAAAUCAUCAGGAGGAGGGGACGAGAACAAUUUGUAUAAAAAGUUGGAAGUUGAUUUUGAGACGAAGAUUAAGCGAUACAAUCCUAAGUUUGAGAUGAUUUCCUGCCCACAAAAUCCAAAGAAUGAGAAAGGUAUCGAAGAGCAAAAAGCGAGCGAAGGCGAGCGGGUGAUGAAGAAGAUCGAUGCGAGAGAUUUUGUGGUUUUGAUGUGCGAACGAGGACAAUCGUACACGUCGGAGAGAUUUGCGUCGGAUGUUUUGUGCAAGAGCGGGGAUUUAGGCCACGGUAGGUUGGUAUUUGUGAUUGGAGGGCCGUUCGGGCACGGGGAGGAAGUGCGAGCGAGAGCGGACGUGUCGUUGCGAUUGAGCGAGAUGGUGAUGAAUCAUCGCGUGGCGAGGAUGGUCCUCUUGGAACAGAUUUACAGAGCGUGGACGAUUGUUCGAGGGGAACCGUAUCAUCAUUAG